AUGGCGGAGCCACAUAGUGGGAAAGGGGGACAAUGCCCGCCGAUGGAUCUGAUGCGCUCCGAGAAGAUGACGCUCGUCCAACUCAUCAUUCCCGCCGAGUCCGCUCACCGAGCCGUCUCCUAUCUCGGCCAACUCGGCCUCCUCCAAUUCCGAGACUUAAAUGCUGAGAAAAGUCCCUUUCAGAGAACGUUUGUUAACCAGGUGAAGCGAUGUGCAGAAAUUUCAAGAAAGCUACGAUUCUUCAAGGAUCAAAUCAGUAAAGCUGGUGUAGUAUCUUCUGAUCCAGUAAUGCAGCCAGAUAUUCACUUAGAGGAUUUAGAGAUACAACUUGCUGAGCAUGAACAUGUGCUAACUGAAAUGAAUUCUAACAGUGAGAAGCUUCAGCAAUCAUAUAUGGAACUCUUGGAGUUCAAAGUUGUAUUGCAAAAGGCAUCUGCUAUUCUAUUUUCAAAUCAUGGCCAUGCUGUUCCAGAAGAGAGAGAACUAGAGGAGAAUAUUAACUCAAAAGGAGAUUAUGUUGAGACACCAUUUUUGUUUGAACAGGAAACGAGUAUGGAGCCAACAAAUCAAUCUGGUUUAAGAUUUAUCAGCGGCACAAUUUGUAAAUCCAAAGUUCUUAGCUUUGAAAGGAUGUUGUUUCGUGCUACAAGAGGCAACAUGCUGUUCAAUCAGGAACCAGCUGAUGACCAACUCAUGGAUCCUAUUUCAAAUGAGAUGAUAGAGAAAGCAGUAUUUGUGGUGCUUUUCUCUGGGGAGCGAGCAAGAACAAAGAUUCUGAAAAUUUGUGAGGCGUUUGGGGCACAUAGUUACCCUGUCCCUGAAGAUAUAAGUAAACAGAGGCAGAUAAUUAACGAGGUUUCAUCACGUCUUGCUGACAUAGAAGCUACUUUGGAUGCUGGGACUAGGCACCGGAAUAAGGCUCUAGCUUCUGUAGGAGAUAAUGUUGAAAAAUGGAUGGACAUGGUAAGAAGAGAGAAAGCUGUCUAUGAUACAUUGAACAUGCUAAACUUUGAUGUCACAAAAAAAUGUCUUGUUGGGGAAGGAUGGUGCCCUAUAUCUGCAACAGCACAGAUUCAGGAGGCUUUGCAACGUGCAACUUUUGAUAGCAAUUCACUAGUUGGCAUAAUCUUUCAUUCAAUGGAUGCACUGGAAUCUCCGCCUACAUAUUUUAGGACCAACAAUUUCACAAGCCCAUAUCAGGAAAUCGUUGAUGCAUAUGGUGUUGCAAGAUAUCAAGAAGCGAAUCCUGCAGUUUACACAGUUAUUACAUUUCCAUUUCUUUUCGCGGUGAUGUUUGGGGACUGGGGUCAUGGAAUUUGCCUAUUGCUUGGAGCAUUAGUCCUUAUAGCAUGUGAAAAAAAGCUCAGCGCUCAGAGACUUGGAAGCUUUAUGGAGAUGCUAUUUGGCGGGCGCUAUGUGCUUCUUUUAAUGUCAUUAUUUUCAAUCUACUGUGGGUUAAUCUACAAUGAAUUUUUCUGUGUUCCUUUUCACAUAUUUGGAGUGUCGGCUUACAAAUGCCGAGAUAAUUCAUGCAGGGAUGCGCAUACCAUUGGUUUAGUCAAAUAUCGAGAAACAUACCCAUUUGGUGUGGAUCCCAGAUGGCGUGGAAGUCGUUCAGAAUUGGCUUUCCUUAACUCCCUCAAGAUGAAGAUGUCCAUUCUACUUGGUGUGGUGCAUAUGAACUUAGGAAUUAUGUUGAGUUAUUUCAACGCUUGUUUUUUUGGUAACUCAAUAGAUAUAAGGUACCAGUUUGUGCCACAGAUGAUUUUCCUCAACAGUCUAUUUGGGUAUCUUUCCCUUCUCAUUGUUGUUAAGUGGUGUACUGGCUCACAAGCGGACCUCUAUCAUGUAAUGAUUUACAUGUUUUUAAGCCCUUUUGAGAAACUUGGUGAGAAUCAGUUAUUCUGGGGCCAAGGGGUACUUCAAGUAGUUUUGUUACUUUCUGCUCUAAUUGCAGUUCCUUGGAUGCUCUUUCCAAAACCUUUUAUACUAAAGAAGCUUUAUGAUGAGAGAUUUUUUCAAGGGCAAACUUAUGGUAAGCUUAAUACAACUGAGAUGGAGACUGAGGUGGAACCGGGUUCAGCAGGGCAACAUCAGGAGGAAUUCAAUUUCAGUGAGGUCUUUGUCCACCAAAUGAUUCACGCCAUUGAGUUUGUUCUAGGCUCAGUUUCAAAUACAGCAUCUUAUCUUCGACUUUGGGCAUUAAGCUUGGCUCACUCAGAACUUUCUACUGUUUUUUAUGAGAAAGUCCUGCUUCUUGCUUGGGGGUAUGAAAAUCUCAUCAUUCGGAUAAUAGGGCUAGUUGUUUUUGCCUUUGCAACUGCCUUUAUACUACUCAUGAUGGAGAGUCUGAGUGCGUUUCUUCAUGCCCUGCGUCUUCAUUGGGUAGAAUUUCAAAAUAAAUUCUACUAUGGCGAUGGCUACAAGUUCAAACCUUUUUCCUUUGCCUCCUUAAUAGAUGAUGAAAAUUGA